AUGGGGUCGGUCUCGAGCCCCGCAGAGGCAGUUGCGAGGAUUGCCUAUCUCGCCAGCGAUGUCAUUCUCUCGGUCCAACCGUCGCUGAGUACCGAUUCCGAAUUCUCGUACCAUCUAUCUCGAUUUACUGCCAACAACGCAAAAAGCUUCAUUUCCAAGGCCCUUCCCGAAGUCAUCCCAGUCCGCCAGAAUGCAGACCCUCUUCUCUCAGCAUAUACUCCUUUGCAGGCCGGCAAACUCGUCUCCGUGACGACCCCGUCCUCCAUCCUCCUGAAUUCGAUUCCUCACCUCUAUAAACUUGCUCAAUACCCUGUGGUGUUGCAUGUGGCGCUGGCCACGCCUAACUCGGAUUUUUCCGAGAUCAGCGCCAUUCGACAGUGCGGGUUUACCUUUUUGCAGUCAGAAACCCUUCAAGAGGCGCAGGACAUUGCGUUGGCCUCCCAUGCGUUGGCAAUCAAGAGCGGUAAAGGUGUCAUCCAUUUCUACGACCCCAUCAACUCAGUCCAAGAUACCCCCAUUCCAGCUGAGAGCCGGGAGCUGGUGCAAGAGCUCCUCGAGACUGGUGUAGGUCUACGGGCGUCACAUACCGACUCUGAUGAACAGACGUUGUAUGCCAAUGGUGGAAGGACUGCCACCGUGACUGACCUAGGCUUGCCAGAGGUUCGCCCUCAACACGCAUCUUCGGGAGUGACUAGGCAGAAUUUGUCCCCCGUUGAGCCUACAUCUUCUGUAAAUGGCACCACCGAUACCUCUUCGGUGCCAUCGUCGAGACGGGACAGUUCUUCCGACAGCAUCGCCCCAUCUUCCAUAGCGACCACAGUGGAUGCUCCCAUCACCCGUCCGAUUACAGCGAGCGAUAUUUUUACCUAUGUUGGCGAUAUUUGGGCCAUCAUUUCACGAGCCACCGGUCGCAGUUAUUCCGCCAUUGAAUAUUCUGGUCCACCAGACGCCGAGGCCGCCAUUUUUGUUUUCGGAUCAACAGGCGUCUUCGUUGAUGUUCUCGACUCCGACGAGUGCCCGGCUGACUUGACCAAUGUUGGUUUGAUCACCGCUCGGUUAUAUCGCCCCUGGCUCGGGAGUGCUGUCCUCCUCGACUCCAUCCCAAGGUCGAUCAAAAAGAUUGCGGUUUUGGAACAAAUCAGGAGAAAGACUACAAGAUGGGGUCCUUCAUUCCUUGACUUGUUGUCCAGCUUAAGCCCUGGAGCUGGUGGCCAAACCUCCAUUUCUUUGGUGCAAUACAGACUGGGCCAGAUUGACCAAGCAACAGCCCUUCAAGCGCUACGUGGGAUCUUCCAGAACCUAGCCCCCCCAACCACUCCGAGGAAGCAUUCCCGACGCCGCGGCCACUCGCAGACUGCUGUUAGAUCCAUCCAAAACCUCAGCAUCGGCAAGGAAUUGGAACCAGUCAUUGACAGUUUCACCCCUGACCAGCCUGAGCUAGAAAACGCGUAUCUCAAAAUCCUUGACCAGUUGUUUAGCAAUAGACUCUACAUUGCAAAUCAGCUAAAGGAGAGGAACGCGGGUGUUUCCGCCACCCUCGCCGCCUCGCCUGAAUACGGGUUUGGAUCCCUUCUUGCUCGAAUCGAGAACCGUCAACAAUUUGUCAAGGAGGCCGAGACAGCUGCACGCAGUAAUGAAUUCAUCACCGAUAAUCCAAAGCAGUGGCUGUCAAGAUGGGCGCUCAACGCCUCCGACUCUGUCAAGGCGAACGAGUACGCGCCUGAAGUGAUUGCUCGUCUAUCCACCGAUGGCUCAAGAUUAUCGACCAAGCUACUCGACAACAAGGCUUUCUUCUUCAAAGAGUCCCAGUGGCUCAUUGGGUCCGAUGCCUGGGCAUAUGAUCUGGGUAACUCUGGAGUUCAUCAUGUCUUGGCUUCGGGUGCCAACGUCAACAUGCUGAUUAUUGACUCUGAACCAUAUUCGGAACGAGCUGCUGCAGACUCUAUGAGACGCAAGAAGGACAUUGGCCUCUAUGCCAUGAACUACGGUAACGCCUACGUCGCGUCGGUUGCGGUGUACAGCUCUUACACCCAAGUGCUACAGGCAAUGAUCGAAGCCGAGAAGUUCAAUGGACCCUCGGUCAUACUGGCUUACCUGCCCUACCACAAGGAGACUGAUUCUCCACUGACUGUUUUGCAAGAAACCAAGAAAGCCGUGGAUCUGGGUUACUGGCCGCUGUACCGAUGGGAUCCAUCAAACGAAGAUAAGGGGGAGCCUACCUUCUCCUUGGAUUCCGAACGGAUUAAACGUGAACUGGAAGAAUUCCUCCGACGAGACAAUCAGCUUACCCAACUUAUGAAUCGACACCCCAACUUUGCCGCCAACUUGUCCGAGUCUUACGGCUCCGAAGUACGCAAGCUGCAGAAGCGCAAGGCGAAAGAUGCUUACGAGCAGAUGUUGGAGGGCUUGUACGGAGCCCCAUUGACCAUUCUAUUUGCAUCUGACAAUGGCAAUGGCCAAGGGCUGGCCAAGAGAUUGGGAAAUCGUGGCAAGGCUCGAGGGCUCAAGACCAUGGUCAUGGCCAUGGAUGAUUAUCCCCUCGAGGAUCUUCCCAAUGAAGAAAACGUUGUCUUAAUCACCAGUACAGCCGGUCAAGGAGAGUUCCCACAGAAUGCUCGUGCAUUCUGGGAGGGGAUCAAGGACACGGCCGAUCUUGAUCUCUCAAACGUCCACUACUCUGUCUUUGGGUUGGGCGACAGCCACUACUGGCCUCGCAAGGAGGAUAAGAUCUUCUACAACAAGCCCGCAAAGGACCUCGAUGCUCGAAUCCAAUUCCUCGGAGGCAAACAGUUAACUCCCAUUGGGCUUGGUGAUGAUCAGGAUCCGGAUACUUACCAAACGGGUUACCAAGAAUGGGAACCCCGACUCUGGCAAGCAUUGAAUGUUGACAAAGUGGAGGGUGUACCUGAUGAACCACCGCCAUUGACCAACGAAGACAUGAAGAUCAAUUCGAACUACCUGCGAGGCACCAUUGCUGAAGGAUUGGCCGACACUUCGACUGGGGCCAUCUCUGCGUCAGACCAGCAGCUCACCAAAUUCCAUGGUACUUACAUGCAGGAUGACCGUGACUUACGAGACGAACGCAAGGCCCAAGGUCUUGAGCCGGCUUAUUCGUUCAUGAUCCGAUGCCGUUUGCCGGGAGGUGUUUCUACGCCUUCACAGUGGUUACAAAUGGAUGCCAUCGCUUCAGCCCACGGAAACGAGACGAUGAAGUUGACAACCAGACAGACAUUCCAGUUUCAUGGUGUCAUCAAAUCCAAACUACGACCAGCCAUGCGGGCAAUCAACAAAGCCCUCAUGACGACCAUUGCAGCUUGCGGCGACGUCAACCGGAACGUAAUGUGUUCCAGUCUACCUACCCUGUCCGAGUAUCACCAAGAAGUGCACGCCGUCUCCAAGAAAAUAUCCGAUCAUCUGCUACCAUCAACCACCGCUUAUCAUGAGAUCUGGCUGAAGGACGAUACAACUGGUGAAAAAACUCAAGUGGCGGGUGACGCUGUUCAAGACUACGAGCCGCUGUACGGGCCAACCUAUCUUCCUCGAAAGUUCAAGAUUACGAUUGCCAUUCCACCCCACAACGACACGGAUGUCUACGCUCAUGACGUGGGCCUGAUUGCCAUUCGAUCCAAGGACAACGCCCACCUUGAGGGCUUCAACAUUCUUGCCGGCGGCGGUAUGGGUGUGACGCAUAACAACAAGAAGACUUAUCCUCGAACUGGCUACAUGAUGGGCUAUGUCCCUGCUGACCAGGCCCAUCUUGUUUGUGAGAAGAUUAUGCUCGUCCAGCGCGAUUACGGUGACCGGAAGAACCGGAAACACGCUCGUCUGAAGUACACCAUGGAUGACAUGGGCAAUGAAGUCUUCAAGUCGAAAGUGCAAGAACUGCUCACCCCUCUUGGAAUCAAGUUCGACGCCCCUCGGCCCUUCAAGUUCCAUUCGAACAUCGACACCUUCGGCUGGCUGAAAGACGAGAAGGGGCUAAACCACUUCACCUUCUUUAUUGAGAACGGCCGCAUUGAAGACACCGCAGACUUCCCCAUGCGCACUGGACUGCGGGAGAUUGCCAAGGUCCACAACGGCGAGUUCCGCCUGACUGGCAACCAGCAUCUCAUCCUGUCCAACGUGACGGACCAGGAUAAACCGGCGAUUGCCGAGUUGAUGAAGAAAUAUAAGCUGGACAACACGCAAUUCUCGGGUUUGCGAUUGUCCAGCUCUGCCUGCGUUGCCUUCCCCACGUGCGGUCUCGCCAUGGCUGAGUCGGAGCGGUACCUUCCGCAACUCAUCAGCAAGCUUGAGGACUGUCUAGAGCAGAACGGUCUGGCUCAGGACAGCCUUGUGAUGCGCAUGACAGGUUGCCCGAACGGUUGUGCCCGACCGUGGCUCGCCGAGGUCGCCUUCGUCGGCAAGGCCUACGGCGCCUACAACAUGUACCUGGGUGGUGGCUACCACGGUCAACGCUUGAACAAGUUGUACCGGAGCAGCAUCAAGGAAGAUGAGAUCUUGGAGAUCAUGACAGGGUUGUUGGCCCGGUACGCGAAGGAGAGAAACCCGGGUGAACACUUUGGCGAUUGGACCAUCCGGGCUGGUGUUAUCAACGAGACGACCGAAGGCAAGAACUUCCAUGAAGGAACGGCCGAGGACGAGAGUGAUGGAGAGUAA